AUGCCUGGCGAACCGAACUCAAGCGGUGAGGGCGUUGAAACGCCAGUCGAGGAAGAGGCACGUCUGUCACGAGAACUUGCCGAACUUCAGAGACCCCAAAGGAUUCUGAAGUUGAAGGCUCAAAUCGAAGCAGCCCGUAGAGGCAACCCUUCAAGCGAUGAGCAAGCUCGCCCUUGCUGCCUGAUGACAUUGAGAGCGGAAGAGAAAGCGCACACUGAGACCCAGACGCAACUGGACCAAAAGGGCCUGGAGUUAGACAGCCUCAAAGUCGAGCAUUCCAACAGAGAGCAAGAGCUCCUCGAGAUCAAGUCGAAGUUAGAGCAAGUGGAGACUCAGCUGAAGGUAAUGACUCAAGAGAGAGGCAAAGAGCAGAUUGCACACAAUCAGACAAAGGCUAGCUUAAAGACAAUGACUGAAUCGAGAGAUCAAGAGCGGACUGCACAUGACCAGACAAAGGCCAGCUUGAAAGCAAUGACUAGCUUGAGAGAUCAAGCACAGGCUGCGCAUAAUCAGACAAAAUCUACUCUGAAAACAGUGACUGAAUCCAGAGACCAAGAACAAGACACACACAACCGGACCAAAGCCACCUUGAAGACAGCGACUGAGUCCGGGGACAAAGAACGGACUGCACAUAACCAAACCAAGGCCGCCUUAAGAUCGGUUACUCAAUCGCGAGACCAGGAACAGGCUGCACAUAGCCAGACCAAAGCUAGCUUGAAGGCAGUGACUGAAUCCAGAGACCAAGAACAGGAAGCACACAAACAGACCAAGGCCGCCUUGAAGACAAUCACUGUGGCGAGAGAUGAAGAAGAAGCAGCAUACCGACGAACACAAGCUGACCUGAAUGCCAUGACUGAAUCGAGAAAUGAAGAGCGGGAAAGGGGUCUCAGGCUAGAAGCUGAGUUGGAUGAGUUGGAAACAAGAACAGUACCCCCUCCCAUUCGGGACAUCCAGUUCCAGGAAGGCUAUCCAAAAGCUGUUGAAGGCGGAUGGACUUUGCUGAGUGACACACACAAGAUAAGUCCAAAAGGAGAGAUCACCACUUAUAACAAGAAGGACAAUGGCAGCGCGAAGAUGAAGAGGGUGUUUGGGCGGUGA